AUGGUCCGCGAGCUCACCGAAUUAAAUUGGCGAGGUUCAACUCCCUCGCGAACUUCACGGAACGAUGCUGUGAAAAUUAAGACCUCCGUCUACUAUGACGAAGGCAAAGAACGCUUUUCGCUGUCGCGCUGGUUCCGAGAGGUUGACACCACUAUCGCCUUGAGACUUCUCGAGGCUCCUCAAGCGAAGGUCAACUUCCUCCUUUCCCGUCUCAGUGGGAAAGUCAAGGAGUGGGCGUUGGAUAAACUCGUAGUGGACGAGUGUGCGUUCCCCACUUUGGAAGCCAUCUAUAACGACCUUCGACUCGCCCUAAAGCCGCCUCAAAAAAGAGAAGCUGGUACGUUCAAGGUUCCUGUACUUGCGACUGGGGCAGACUCGCCUAUCGCUAGAACGCGCGGAGCCUGCCAUAUGGAGAAGGCUUUCGCUAUCUCCCUCCGCGAGGACUUUAAAGUCACCAAGGCCUAUACCAAGCCUUCAGUUGUUACAACUGUCAGAUCAGCGGGCUCGGAACCUAUGGAGAUUGAUGCGAUUGAGUCGUCGGGUGACCGACGACGUGUUACGUCCUACAAGGGCAACGUCCGUAGCGGACGUCAGAUGAUCUGCUUUCGAUGUCGGAUGUCGGGACAUCGCGCGGCUGAAUGUCGCGCGCCAGAACCGAUGUCGGUGCAUGCGACGGACACCCGUCAUGAGGGAGGUGCUUCGUUCACUCGUCCAAUAAACGGACGAGAUCAGUAG